AUGCCAUUCUUCGGAGGCGGCCGACGCGAACCCUCUCCCGCACGGGAACCAACCCCACCACCCCCGGAGCCCCAGCGCCGCGGCCUCUUCGGCUCUCGCCGCGAGCCCUCCCCGGAACCAGUAACCCAGCACCCGGUCCAAGAACCGCCCCGCAAACACGGCCUCUUCGGCUCACGCCGUGACCCCUCCCCGGAGCCCGUCCUCCACCAGCCCGUCGCCGAGCACCCCCAGCGAAAGCACGGCAUCUUCGGUCGCCGCGACCCCUCUCCCACGCCCACCACCCGCACAUCAGCCACCUCGCGCUCCUCCCUCUCCUCGACCACAUACCACACCUCGCCUGACGGCCACCACACCAACGGCGGAGGCGGCGGCGGUCUCUUCCGCCGCUCCACGGACGCUUCGUCCGGCCGCCGUGGUCUCCUCCACAAGUUUGGCGGCAGCGGCGGCGUCGAGAUGGAUCCCAGCAUCGUCUCGGCCCGCGAGCGCGUCAUGGGCGCCGAGACAGCCGAGAAGGAGGCCGACCGCGCUCUGAUGGCCGCCAGGGAGAGUGUUGCCGCUGCCAGGGCUGACGUGCGUCGUCUCGAGGAUGAGGCGCGCGAGGAAGCCAGGAGGGCCAAGAUUAAGCAGUACCAUGCUCGCGAGGUUUCCAAGCGGGGCAAGGCUCUUGGUCGUAAGUUCAUACCCAUCAUUGUCAGCUUGCUACGUAAUACUAACAGCCUCUUAGGCCACGGUGACUAA